GCCGAUUAGUUCGUUAUUGUGCGUGUUUGCAAGCGUUCGCGCUUGGCAGGAAGGAGCGUCCAUCCGUUCCUUGCUCAAGUGAAUCGCACACACACGCUCGGUGUGUGCGGACUGUUUGGUUUGGCGCCGGUCGUGGUCCACGCACGGUGAACAUGCAACAUGGCCGUGCUCGCGACGAACACGAGCGGACACCUGCAGAAUCAGUUGACGCGCUCGCUGGAGCGCAUUCUCGAAGACGCCAACCAGAGCGGCGAGCUGAAGCUCAGCAAUCGCAAGCUGAAGGACUUCCCGAAAGCCGGCCUCAAGUACAAUCUCAGCGACACAGUCAUUGCUGAUUUAUCCAAGAACCGAUUCAGUGAACUCCCCGAGGAAGUGACCAGCUUCUACUUCCUGGAGCGCCUGCAAUGCUACCACAACACAAUUCGAUAUAUUCCAGACACCGUCGGCAGUUUGCAGUGCCUCAACUAUUUGGAUCUCAGCCGUAACCAGUUAACAUCGCUACCGCGAGAAAUCUGUCAGUUACCUAUACAGAUUCUUUUGGUAUCUAACAAUCGGUUAACAUCGCUACCGGACGAGUUAUGUCGAAUGUAUCGACUGACAGAGUUGGACGCCUCUUGCAAUCAACUCACGCAUCUACCACCGCGGCUUGGCGAGCUGACUGAAUUGCAGUCGUUGAUUCUGCGCUCGAAUCAGUUGCUCUGCGUGCCGAUCGAGAUUACCUACUUGCAGCUCGUCAGGCUGGACCUGCGGGCGAAUCGCAUCGGUUGCCUACCGCUCGAGAUGCGUGAUAUGGACAGUCUUAUUGAGUUUUAUGUCGAUGAUAAUCCACUUACGCUACCACCAGCUAGUUUGUGUAAACGCGGUCGUAUUCACAUCUUCAAACACCUGGAGAAUGAAGCGAUUCGUUUGGGACACAAAAUAACAUCGAAUUUGAAUGGUACGUUGAGUCGCCGGCCUGGCAGACGGUCAGUAGGCUCGUCGAAUGCGACAUCAGCGUCUAGUACACCGGUGCCGCCGACACACAUCCCCGAAAGACUGAAGCAUAAGCGCGCGAACGUCGACAGCGGCUAUAGCACGAGCAGCGAUGAUAAGCGAUGGUCGCAGGAGUUGACCAGUGAGAUGGAUAAACACUGGUCGGCGUCCACGCCGGUGAUGAAUCGCCUGGCGGAUAUGAAUGGCUCGAGUACAUCGACGCCAUCGACGAUCUCACCGGGGCCGGAUGGUUCGUAUGAAGAGAGUACGUUCGUUGCUGGAAGCGAACAGGAUGUUUGUGAUAAGAGAGAUAGGAUAGAUAAGGAAACUAAUUCAAGUGCGAGAUUAAGUCCGUGCCAUGACAAUAUAACGAAUGGUAACGGCAUCGACGAUAAAAACAGGCCUUUGCAUCAAAUACAAACUUAUCGAGAGUAUAAGGAAGCUUUGCGACAACAACGCGCCCAUGAUAUCGGCUCCAUCUACCGGCCGAAAGAUGCGGACGAACAAGGUUAUAAAACUGAACCCAAUACGCCUACACAUCAACCCACGCGAACAACGCUUGCUACAUCCAAGUCGGAUCCCACACCAUUAAACGCCGUGCUGAGUAGUCCGAAACAUAUUUUCGACGAUACUUCGGGCAGCAAGAAACCAGUACAGAAAGUGCAACCGUCGCGUCUUUGUAAUACUAUUUAUGCCUCUCCGCAGACUUCGCCAGGCAACCCGCACAUCAACGGCAAUGGAUUGGACAACAAUAAGAAAUAUAUUUGUGAUUAUGUCAAACCGAGUUCACCGGUGAAAGCUACCUCAGGAAUAAUGACACAUGAUAAUGUGCCAAUUACAAAUGGCUGCUCGAAUUCGAAACCGGGCAGUCCUCGUGUGCGAAGCAACGGGUUCAAACCGAGCAGAACCAUGCCGUGGAGUAAUGGCGAGGCGCUUGCGCAAAAGGACAGAAUUACGUUUACAAUGCGACGGGAGAUUGAUAAAGCUCGUGAGGAAACUGAUUUGAUUAAUCAACUACGUACUAUUUUGGAAGCGCGAUUAAAAAUGGCGCUGCCUGCUGAUUUAGCACCAGCAUUAACAGAUGGCGUUGUACUCUGUCACUUGGCAAAUCAGAUUCGCCCGCGGUCGGUUGCAACCAUACACGUUCCAUCUCCUGCUGUUCCUAAAUUAACAAUGGCACGAUGCAGACGUAACGUCGAUAACUUCCUUGAGGCGUGCCGCAAAAUCGGCGUGGACGAGAAUAUGGUGUGUUGCUCAUCGGAUGUGUUGGAAGGUCGCGGUGUCGUGCAGGUGGCGAUCACUGUCAUCGAACUGGUGCGGUUUCAUUCGCCAAAAUCGCCGCAACAUUCCGCCUCGGCUGCCACGGCGACUUAAAUUUUCACAACGCUCUCUCACCUUUUCUCUCCCUGAUUUUCAACAAAACAAAUUAUUUAUUUAUUGGAUCUCUCGUUGGAGAUCUUUUCCUAGUACCCUCGUAGCCUUUCCUCUAUAUGUAGUUAUUAUAUAUAAACGUCCUCGUUUUUAAAAGUUCACUUUAGUUUACAUUUACAGUAAACUUAAGGCACGUUACGCCAUCUGUAAGUGUAAAUUGGUACUUAUGAAAAGAGUUGAGGCUCUGGACCAGCUCGAAGACGCUCUCGAUCGAAGGUGUUUCUUUUAAGACAUGUUUUGUGUUCAUGUUCAUUGACCAUGACAAACGAAUUGUGACUAAAGCUCAAUGUAAUCAUAAUCAAAUGUGUAACAAGUGAACAAAACAAUGAACAAUUGGCCUAUAGUUAGACAACUGAUGGAUUUACAUUGUUAAAUUGUAUUAAGUUGUGUUUGGUGUAGACAUAUCAGAAUUAGUUCGUUUUGCAAGCGUGAUUCAAACAGAAACCAAGUCUGAUUGACAAUAAGACAAAAUUUUGCAGUUUGUGCCAAAGAUUUUCAACAUUUUUCGCAUACAAUCGUCAUAUUUUAGAAUCUGUGUUGGAAUGGAUCAACAAAUGGAAUGAAAGACUUGAAAUCGACUUUAAAUUUAAAGUAAAAGUAAUAAAUUCUAGGAAUUCUUGGCCGUUUUGUAAAUACAAUGUAGUGUAAAACGGUGUAAAACAAUUGAAUUGACAUUUAUAGUAAUGCGUCCAUUAUUCGAUUUCUUAUUCGUGUUUAAACACUACAAUUGUACGAUUACGAAUUUAAUUACACGUUCACGAGUUGUGUGACCGCGCAGGUGUGUGCCUGGGCUUUUGAUAGUUCCGAGACUUAAUUAUCAAAUUAUUAAUUUAACGAUUUAUCCAGUACAUAAUAACGUUUGUAUAUUAUAAUUAAAUUAUACCAUACGGAAACAACGCGUUGCGAACUGAUCGCCACUGCGUUUGAUUUUCUAGUCAUGUCAUAUGCAUAUUAAAUUUAAUUUUUAUUUCGUAAA